AUGCGGUUAUGUCAGUUUGAACAGUCGGAUUUGAUUCCCAUGGCGCAAGAGACACCGCCGAGCGGAACGGCAGAGUCCACGUAUAAGAACAAAGCAAGACUUCCUUGGCCUUUAUCCUCUCCCCUCCUACGAAACAAACGGGAUGACGGGGCCCAGUCUCCAGACGAUGAUUCUGGAGGUAAGAAGAAGGCGGAUUGGAAACGACCAGCCACGAUUAAAGGCAUGGCAGCCUAUCCUCACACCAAAGACGGUCCUUCCAACUCUUUUCAUCAUUGGAAUAAUCUUUGGACCAAUUGGAGGGCUAUUGAUAUGGGGCUCUUCCAAGGUCAGUCCACUAUCACUCAAAUAACACUCGACUACACAGAUUGCUUCAAUGCUGGAGCAAACUUCACUUCCAGUAGCUCCAAUUUCGUGGAUAUGCCAUCCUCAGCAUACGACUACCAGCUCCAAGAUCCAGACCAACCAUUCGCAAAGCCUCAAUGGUCCUUCCAGUUGUUGACUCCCACUGCCCAACCGGACCCUACCGCACGGAACCAGUGCAGGCUGCGGUUCGAAGUGCCAAGCGACCUAAAGCACCCCGUGUUUGUCUACUACAAGAUGACCAACUUUUUCCAAAAUCACCGAAGAUAUGUGCAGAGUUUGGAUGUGGAUCAGUUGAAAGGGAAGGCGAUCAGUGCCUCGAACCUGAAUAAGGGAAACUGCAGACCUCUCGGCCAUGACCCGGAUGAUGAUAAGAAGGCUAUCUACCCUUGUGGAUUGAUUGCUAACUCUAUGUUCAAUGAUACGAUCAAUAGCCCUGUGUUAAUUAAUGGAAAUACCAACACGACGUAUUCAUUCUCGUCCAAGGGUAUUGCAUGGCCUGGAGAAAGGAGAAAAUACGUUGCCAAGCCCGGCUAUACUUCUCUGACUGAGAUCGUGCCUCCUCCAAAUUGGCGUGACCGCUAUCCUCAAGGAUACACAGAGCAAAACCCACCACCAAAUCUCGCUGAUGAUGAGCACUUCCACAACUGGAUGAGGACGGCUGGACUACCCACCUUUUCCAAGUUGUACGGCCGAAAUGAUGGAGAGGACAUGAAAGCGGGAACGUAUGAGAUCGACAUUUACAUGAUCAAACAAUACGGAGGCACCAAGUCUAUCGUCAUCUCGACGGUGUCGUGGAUAGGAGGAAAGAACCCAUUCCUCGGAUACGCCUACGUCGCCGCUGCCGGUCUGUUCCUAUUGCUAGCAACGAUUGGUUUGGUAUGGCACUGCCUCAAACCAAGAAAGUUGGGCGACAUGAACCUGUUGUCGUGGAACCAACCUGGAGCUCGAUGA